CAACAACAACAACAUCAUCGGCGAAUUCCUUCCAUCUUUCCUUCUCUUUCUCUCUCUAAAAUAUAUGUGAUUUUCUCUCUCUACUUUCUGUGAUUCUGAUUCUCUCUCCUCCUCUUCCUCCUUGAUCAUCGCCUCGAUCAUUGUUCCUCCCUCUAAUUCUUCCUCCGAGCCCUAGUUCCCCCAUUACGGUUUAGGUUUAUACCAUUCUUUGUACUCAAACACACCCGCGUUCUGUUUCCUUUCCUCUCUCCCCAGGGAAUUUUCUCGGAAUCAGCUCCGAAUUUUCUCGGGAAAAUUAAUUGUUUUUGGGCCGUGUGGUUAGGGAAGCGGGAACCGAGAUAAGGAAAUUAAAAAAAAAUGAGCUUUCAGGAUCUCGAAGCCGGGCGAGGUUCGGGUUCUUCGAGGAGAGAUACGAUCAAUGGCAAGCAGGACCCGACUCAAGCCGUGGCCUCUGGCAUAUUCCAGAUCAACACGGCGGUUUCGACCUUUCAGAGGCUCGUCAACACCCUCGGUACACCCAAAGAUACGCCAGAGCUCCGCGAAAAGCUGCACAAGACAAGGCAACAUAUUGGGCAAUUGGUGAAGGAUACUUCAGAGAAACUUAAAGUGGCCAGUGAAAGAGAUCAUCAUACUGGUGUCAAUGCUAGCAAGAAAAUUGCAGAUGUUAAACUUGCAAAAGAUUUUCAAUCCGUCCUAAGAGAAUUCCAGAAGGCUCAGCGAAUUGCUGCUGAGAGGGAAACAGCAUAUUCACCAUUUGUUCCCCAAGCAGUUCUUCCUUCUAGUUACACCGCUGGUGAGCUAGAUUUAAGUUCAGAUAAGAGUUCAGAACAGCGUGCUGUCCUUGUGGAAUCGAGGAGGCAAGAAGUUUUGCUGUUGGACAAUGAAAUUGCCUUCAAUGAGGCUAUAAUUGAUGAAAGGGAACAAGGAAUACAAGAAAUCCAGCAACAAAUUGGGGAAGUUAAUGAAAUCUUUAAAGAUCUUGCUGUGCUAGUUCACGAGCAAGGAGCAAUGAUCGAUGAUAUCGGAUCCAAUAUUGACGGUUCUCAUGCGGCUACCGCACAGGCGAAGUCACAACUUGUAAAGGCUUCAAAGACCCAAAGAUCAAAUUCAUCUCUGGCUUGCUUGCUCUUGGUGAUUUUUGGAAUCGUUCUACUCAUUUUAAUUAUAGUUCUUGCUGCAUAGAGGUUGGGAUUGGAUCACAUACCAAAUUGUGAUCUCGGCUGAAACUACAGAAGUUAGUUUUGCUAAUCUAUUCAAUAUGCUUGACAGAAGCUUUUUGCUUCUAGCCCUAGCUAGUAUAUACAGUGUGGUAAAAAGGCUCUGCGAAUGGUUGUUUUUGUGUGCAGUUACUUUUCUUUGAGUUGGUGAUUUUGGGAUUUGAGCUUGUGUUGCAAGCUUUUCUUUUCUUAAUUAUAAUUAUGUAAUGUAAGCAGUGUUUACUUUGAUCUAAUAAUCAAUAUUCAUAAUUCUUUUGGUUUCUCA